CUUCCCUCAAUUUUCUGCGUUAUGGUUCCGUGCUCCCCUCCUGGGAAACAGGAGGUUUAGUAGUUUGGUGAGUUUUACAGCUCAUUUGGGAAUCCUUGUGGCUACAGCCAGGCACUAGCAGUGACCAGCCAGGUUUUUCAGAUUGUCCUCCAAUGUCUUCGCACACCAGUACAAGACCUGCAUUUGAAUUUGGACCUAUCUAUGUACGUGAAAAAGGACAGUUGAGCCUGCUGAAUGGUGCUCCAAACUUGAAGCUGAGCACUGGAAAAUCUAAGUCACUGCGACUGUUUCAGAAGGGUUUCACUGUUAAACUAUGUAUCGAGGAUGGAGACAAACCAAGCACUUGCAGGACUGAUCACAUUGUCUUUACAUAUACUAAGGAAGGCAAUCUUCGUUACUCUCCCAAGUCACUUUUUGAUCUGGUGCUUGGCUUUAUAGCUGAUAACAUACAGCAUGUUGACUCAUUAAUUGGCUUUCCAGAGCAGGUCGCAGAAAAACUUUUUAUUGCGGUAGAAGCAAGGAAGAAAUUUAUUGACCCUGACACAAGUACCAAGGCUCUAUUUAAAUUCAGUGAAGCUUACGGAAGCCUUGUGCUCCGCUCCCUGUGUUUACGAAACAGGUUUUUGAUGGUUUCAGAAAAGUUGGAAGAAAUCCAGUCUUUUCGUAGCUUGAUGAGCUUGGAUCUGUCGAGCUGUAAGCUGGGGGAUGAACAUGAGCUCUUAUUACAUUUGACAUCUGAAACCUUAGCAAGUCUCAUUUGCUUAUUCCUUAAGGAUAAUGGUCUCUCAGAUGCCGGUCUACAGAAAAUGACCGCACCUGUUCGAGUAGUAAAGAGAGGCUUGGGGAGUUUGGAAGUGCUGGAUCUUUCUGAUAACCCCAGAAUCAGUGAGCAUGGCAUGCAAUAUUUGUGCUGCUUUUCAAAACUGAAGGCUCUGGAUAUCUCGGGAACCGGUGUUAUGCCCAAUUGUUCUUCGGUCCAAAUGAUUCAGAACAAGUUGUCGUUUCAUCCUGCUGGGGAACCUCUGGAGGUGUUUAAGCACACAUGCUGCAGAACAGAAGGCUGGGCAGAGCAGGUGGUUCAUCAAUGGGAACGUGUGUCUGUUAGACAACGUGAGAAUAUUAAUGGCAGAACAGUGGCACAGCGAUUCUAUGGAAUAAACAAGCUGAUCAACGUAGGAACUGACGGACUUUCAAAUACUGUGCAAAUCAACGAACCAAUCAGAAUGCAGUUUCACAGAAAAACCAGUAAGGAUCACCACGUGCAGGCCACUGUAACUUCUGCUUUAGGGGUCACUAAGAGUAGUAGUGGACAAACUGAAGUGACUGGGUGUUCUUCCCUUCCUGUGAAACGCAAGCAUGCUGAGCUGACCUUGAAUGACUGGGAUAUCAUGAACUGUUACUGAGGAAUAAUUAAGAUGAUUCCCUGGUUAAUGAGGCUAGGAUGGUUGAAUCACAACAUAAUUAGAGAUUAACAUUCAGCCUUUGUAGAAGAUUAGAAGUAUCAUCUGUUAUUUUGUACCGUUUCUCAUCUUAACUUCUAUAUUCAACUGCGCUUUGAGUUGAAUAAUAAAUUGGAAUCAUGUAAUAAA